AUUUGCAGCGAGUAGGGGCGAUAAACAAGCGUAUUCGAAAACUAAGUAAUAUUCUAAAUUAGCAGUAAAAUGUCAGUUGCAUACUGGUAGCAACCCAUAAAACAGCGGCGUGUUGGAACGGCAGUUUACGCCAAAUAGAAAAUUCGCAAACUCGUCGGCUGGAAAAUCAAUUACGGUCCGCCCGCUCUAAAACUACUGCAUGUGUAUGCGUGUAUGUGAGUGUGUCUGCUGCAGCCGUUGUGUGCAUUUAAUUAAAAAUCGGGCAAUCGGCAAACCAACGGUGACGGUGUGGGGCGUUGGCUUUCACCCAAAAUAGUAACACCAACGGCCACCAAAAAAGGGCAAAAGUGAAAGCUUGCGAAGCUACGGCAUUGUCUGCAAUCGACGGCUUUGUUCAAGGUCGUUGGCAGUAAAUUCCUUUAUACUCUCACACACACACACGUACGCACGCACACAAUGGCCAUCAGCUUUGAAAAGCAUCGCGCGCAAAUUAUUGCCGCUUGGAAGGAUGUGCUGGACGACAAAAGCGGCACCAAUUGGGCAUUGUUUGGCUACGAGGGUCAGACCAAUGAGCUCAAGGUAGUUGGAACCGGCGAGGGGGGAGUGGAAGAGCUGAUAGAGGAUCUGAACAGUGGAAAAAUCAUGUACGCCUUUGUGCGCAUUGAAGAUCCCAAAACGGGUCUCAAUAAAUAUCUGCUUAUAAACUGGCAGGGCGAGGGAGCACCUGUACUACGCAAAGGCACCUGCGCCAAUCAUAUUCAUGACGUGAGCAAACUGCUUUCUGGGGCCCACUUGACGAUCAAUGCACGCAAUGACGAUGACAUUGAUUUGGAGCGUUUGCUGAAAAAGCUUAGCACCGUAAGUUCUGCGUACAGUUUUAAGGAACCGCGUGGCGCCAUGGAGGAGCAAAAGGCACCGGUCGGCACAAACUACGCACGUGUCAUACCUACAAAGGAGUUGAAUGCUAGUGUCAUGCAGGAUUUCUGGAAGAAGGAAGAGGCCGAGGAAAAGCGACGCAUUGAGGCGGAAAAAGAAACCAAACGCCUGGAGCUGCAUAAGCUCGAGCAGGAGCAACGCAUGCGUGAGGAAAAGGAGCACAAGGAGCGUGAAAAGCUGGUCAUAAGCACCACCAAACUGCAGCCAGCGCACGUGCCAAUUAAAACUUCGCCACAACCGUUGAGUCCAGAGAAAACGGCACCUGCCUUUGCGCACGACCUAACAGAUGCGGAGCGCAUGCGUCAGGCGCGCAAUCAGGAAGCACGCGAGCUAAUUGGGUCUCGCGUUGGCGCCGCAAAAGCCAUGUUCACCAAACACACCAGCGAGGGUCAGCUGCAAUCCAAACUCAAUACACAACCACCCGCUAAGCCUGCGCGGAAUUCAAUCGCCCAACGCAUCAACGCCUUUAAUCAGCAACAGGAUGCGGAUACGCCAGCUGCUCCGACACCACCACGUGCUGUGUCGCCACUGAAGCCUCAAACUAUUGUUGAGGCACCGACAAAGAUCAUUGAGCCGCCAGUAACGCCCGAAGUAGUCUCUGCCAUGCUCAACACUGCUGAGGAGGAGACGGCCCAACACGAUGACAUGCCAUUGGCGCAUGAAAGCGAGCAGUUUUCGACGAUCAAGCGAUCGCCGCACAGCAAAACUAAUUCAUUGCAAUCCCAGUCGCCCGACGAGACAUCAUCUUCAAAUGAAACAGAUACCGCUGUGUAUCAAGAGGAAGAGGAGGUGCGCACAAAGGUCUCAGUUACAGUGCAGCAAUCGCAGGCGUCCAAGAACGGAUUAGGCCCCCUCGAGCGCAAUGAAUCGGAUCUGGUCAACGAGGAUGAUUUUAUAUGUCAGGAGAGCUUAGGCGAUUUGGGACUUCGUGCGCGCGCACUCUACGAUUAUCAGGCAGCUGAUGAAUCAGAAAUAACAUUCGAUCCGGGCGAUGUUAUCACGCACAUCGAUCAAAUCGAUGAGGGCUGGUGGCAAGGGCUCGGGCCCGAUGGAACCUAUGGACUGUUUCCGGCAAAUUAUGUCGAGAUCAUUAACUAAAAAUACCAAUACUAAUACUAAUACUGUAUUACCGCAACUGCAAAGCAGCCGAUGAAACAUUUUUUGCUAGAUAUCUACAUACACACACACACACCUAUAACAUAAUACUUAGCUGUACUUUUUUGGAACAUGUACCACAAAGCACUCUAGAAAUUCAUACUUAGAAAUUUGGAAAUUAUUUAUACGUAUAUAUACUAUACAUACAUACAUGCAUAUACUAUGCAAUGUUCUUGAACAAUAAUGCAAUAACUAUAUGAGAUUCAACUCUGACUAUACAUAUUUAUGUAAUGCUAUUCUAAUAUGCAAAAAGGAGCACUUUAACUUUA